UGUUACUGUCGUAGGUUUCACAUCCAGUCGCCAUAUUGAACAACGGUGUUUCGACGCCAUCUGUCGAAGGAUCCACCGAAUGGCCGGGAGGGUGUAAAAAUCAUUCCGUAGAUCGUCUUUCUAUCUUCCCUCGUUUCCAAUUCUCGAGCGUACUGCCGAGUAUCGGGCGAUCCGCCGCGAGUGUGUGUAAUGUCGACGAGAAUGUUGACGUUUAAUUCAGCUCGUCGGUUGCAUCGUGUACGCGUCGCGCGGGACUAUCGUGAAUAAUGUCAAUGGCUUCCUCGUAACUGGCCGCACGCGUUCCCGAUAAUGUUGCACGCAGCGAGGCUCUCGUAGGCUCCGCAGGCUACAUGAACGAACGAUCGUUGUACGCGCGAGGGCUUUGGCUCGAACUGUGACGCGCCAUAUUGGUUCAAGAGAAUUGUUUCAUAGUUAGUGGGGCCUUCGGUGAAUCAGUUUUUUUUCCAUCGCAAAUGCAUGCGUAAUAACAGAAUCGCCGACGAUGGAAGAGACUAAGAUCAUCUAUCAUAUCGACGACGAGGAGACCCCGUACUUGGUGAAGCUCACCAUAUCACCGGAAAGGGUCACUCUGGCCGACUUCAAGAAUGUCUUGAAUCGGCCGAAUUACAAGUAUUUCUUCAAAUCAAUGGACGAUGAUUUCGGUGUUGUAAAAGAAGAAAUUGUGGAUGAUGAUGCCCAUCUUCCAUGUUUCAAUGGACGGGUUGUGUCAUGGUUGGUGUCUGCUGAGGGCAGUAAUGUCUCAGAUGGAGCAUCACAGUGCACAGAUUCAGUGGCACACAGUGAGGCAAAACAUGAUCGUGUUGAUCAUGUGACACCUGGUCAUACAAAUCGUGGCCCACCACCACUUUCUCAUGAUGACACUUUAACUGAAACUGAAAGUAUUAUAAGUAGUCGGCAAGGGCAUCAUUUACAUAAAAGUUCAAGACACCAUUCAGACAAAUACAUUGACAAAUACAAAAACAAGUAUAACGGACUUCGUAUAAAUGGUCAUUCAAAACACAGAUCAGGCCAUGGUUAUGAGACUGCUUCUAUUUUAAGUUCAGAUUUAGAGACUACCACAUUUUUAGAAUCAGAUGACGAUGCAAGUAGCCGUAUAACAUCAACAACAGGCAGACACACUAAUAUGAGUAGUACAGUUGACAGGGCUACUUUAGAUCGGCGUAGGCCACAAAGAAGACGGCGUCACAGAUUACUACCUAUGUCAAGAACAUCAUCCUUUAGCAGUAUCACAGACAGUACAAUGUCCCUAAAUAUUAUAACAGUUUCUUUAAAUAUGGAUACUGUAAACUUCCUUGGGAUUAGUAUUGUUGGUCAAAGUAACAAGGGUGGUGAUGGGGGCAUCUAUGUUGGUUCCAUAAUGAAAGGGGGAGCUGUUGCUUUAGAUGGUCGAAUAGAACCUGGUGACAUGAUUCUUCAAGUAAACGAUAUUAACUUUGAGAAUAUGUCUAAUGACGAAGCAGUUAGAGUACUGCGCGAAGUGGUUCAGAAACCAGGACCAAUCAAACUAGUAGUAGCAAAGUGUUGGGAUCCUAAUCCGAAAGGAUACUUUACAAUACCACGUACAGAACCUGUGCGACCUAUAGAUCCUGGUGCAUGGGUAGCACAUACAGCUGCUAUAAGGGGUGAAGGUUUUCCUCCACGCCCGCCAAGCGCUACAACUUUAACAUCAACAUCGAGCAGCCUUGCGAGCACAUUACCAGAUACAGAAAGACCAUUAGAAGAACUUCACCUUACAGUCAAUACAGAUAUGCCAACAGUAGUAAGAGCAAUGGCUCGACCUGACUCAGGGUUAGAAAUUCGUGAACGUAUGUGGCUUAAAAUAACAAUACCAAAUGCAUUUAUUGGCGCAGACGUGGUGGAUUGGCUUAACACUCAUGUAGAAGGGUUCAUUGAUCGCCGUGAUGCGAGAAAAUACGCGUCUCUCAUGCUGAAAGCUGGUUUCAUUAGGCAUACAGUAAAUAAGAUAACAUUCUCCGAACAGUGUUAUUAUAUAUUCGGUGACUUGUGUUCAGCCAUGAGCAGCAUGAAAUUAGACUGCGAUACAGUUGGACCAUUACCUCCGCCAAAUGCCUGGGACAUGCCUUAUUCAGGAACGUAUGCACCUCAUUCUGCAACUGGUUAUAGUCCAAUGCCAUUUAAUUUCACUAAUGAACCGACCGUUUACGGUUAUCAUCGAGAGGAAAGUGUUCAUAGUGGCUCAGGGGGUAGUAGUGCAGGUAGCGAACAUAUUUGCAAAGAACCUAUUCAUGACUUGAAGUCGUGUUCUUCGGCGUCCGAGUCCGAAUUGCAUAUUCCAUCGGUGCCAACAAUGCCAAGUAAGAAUUCUGGCAAUGGGAACGGUUCGAACGGAAAAAGAUCUAAUGGUAGUCGCAGUCGUUCCAGUGGUUCUGAACAGUCUGUGCAGACAGGAACUGGUUCAGGGAAUCAACAGAACCAGCAAGACUUAUCUGGUAGUAGACAGUCAUUUCGCAUUGCGAUGGGAAAUCCUUGUGAAUUCUUUGUUGAUGUUAUGUAGAUGCCGGUGUUGUAAAUAGAUGAGUUAUAAAUUUGGAAAAAGAUAUACAAUCGAACUUGAAUGAAUACUUUGAAAAAAGUUCAAUGGAAAUAUCAUUUUUUAGAUGUCGACGUCGACUUCAGAUGCAAUCCUUUAUUGCUGCUCUUAAUAAUAUCAUUGAACAUUCUUUUUCCAGUAACACCAACCAAAAAAAUGAAAAUUUACGUCUUGCUAGUGCAUGUUCUCUGUCGUUUACGUAGGAUGUUUCAAAGUAUUUAUUCGCUGCCCUAUUCGAUUCACUUUUCAGGUCAAUGUAAUUCACACUUGAAUUCUUAACAAUUUGUUUAUACGUGUCGUCUCAACUAUUGCAUUCCAUCUUGUACUUUGUAUUCUACAGUAAUGAAUAUUUUUAAAGUUCGUUCUUUAUAUUCAGAAUAUUCUUAAUAUUCGUUCAGAUGUUUGCAUGUAACAUGUAAAUGUAUAUACUAAUAUAAUUAAGAGAAGUUGCAUCGAAACGUAACGUUUAAUAUUGACGAAAUCGUAACAACGACAGUAUUUAAAUUUCAACUCUUUUUUAGAGUCCCGUUAGAUCUCGUAGAAGUUUACAUCCUGAUUCAUCUUUUAUCGUCAUUCUCUAUUAUUAUUUCACGAGUAUAAAUCUGAGAAGAUUAUUCCUAAUUGUGUACCUUACCUUUGAAGUAACAUUUCACAAUGAAACCCAUAUUUAUAACUGUACCUCUAUACGAAGCCGUAUGUUUAACGAAAGCAAAAACAUUAAAGUCGUCUGAUUGCACAUUGCUGUGAAUUAAGUAAAUCUCUUCUUCUGCAUGAGAAUAUGCAAUUGCUGUGUUGAAGUUUAGUACGCAUACAGCGAUAACGAACCUAGUAAAAAGAAAAAAGAAAAGAGUAUGAACUAUGAACGAUAUAGAGAAAAAGAAAAGCAAGAGAUCAGUAUUUAAUUUCAUAUGAUUAUUAUAAAUACACUAUAAUGCACGCUUCAUUAUAAAUAUUAUUGUGGUUGUAAUUGUUGAUGUAAAGCACGAACGCACAAAGAAAGUAGAGCACAAGCAUGGUCAUGUAAAUAACACGGAUUACGUCAAUGAAUCUUUUGAGUAACGAGAGACAUCGCGAAUAAUUUGCUAAAUAUAUACAUAUUAUAUAUAAAUAUUAUAUAUAUAUAUAUAUAAAUAUACAUAAUGCAUGUAAAUUAUAAUUAUUUUAUUAAGAAAUGAUUGAACAAAAGGUACGUAUUUUUAUUAAUAUUUUUCCAUUGCUUGCGUUCUAGGAUUGUCUACGACAAUGGGGCAGCUAUUUCUUUAAAAUCGAGAGGAUAUUGUUUACAGAAAAAAAAAAUAAUGUUAAACGAUUCACUA